CUUAAGGAGAAUUGAAAGCUUGACAUCACGGUGGCUGGCACUUCAUGCGUCUGAAAGUACGGGUUAGAACUGACGCAUUAUUUUUUUUCCACCUGGGAGCUGACAAAAGUUGACAACUUCCAUAAUGCAGUCGGAAUCGGGAAUCGUGCCCGACUUUGAGGUCGGUGAGGAAUUUCACGAAGAGCCUAAAACAUAUUACGAGCUGAAGAGUCAGCCGCUGAAAAACAGUAAUCCAUCUGAGCAGCAGCAUGGCUCAUCUAAGCCCCCACUGGGCUCGUCGGCCGUGACCUCUCGUAUCCUGCUCCGGCAGCAGCUGAUGCGUGAGCAGCUCCAAGAGCAGGAGUGGCGUGAGCAGCAGAGACAGCAGAGAGCAGCGUACGGCCAGCCCUCUGUCACCCAGAGCCCCGCUAUCAAUGUCAGCGCGCCCACCGGCCUGUCCAAUGCCACACAGGUGCCCAUGGAAGUGCUGAAGGUUCAAACUCAUCUUGAAAACCCUACUAAGUAUCAUAUCCAGCAGGCUCAGCGGCAGCAGGUAAAGGCGUAUCUCUCCACCACUCUAGGAGAUAAUCUUGGAUCGCAGGCGGUGAGCUUGCCGUGCCCCAGCCAGGCCACUGAUCACGGGGGAAUGCCUCCGGGGCUGGGCAACAGUGCCCCCAACAGUCCCAUGGCCUUACUGACAAUAAACUCCAACUGCGAGAAAGAGAUGGACGAUGUCAUUGAUGACAUCAUUAGUUUGGAAUCAAGUUACAGUGAGGAUCUCAUUAGAUUCCCCUUGGACCCUGGGCUUCAGAUGGCAAACACGAUUCCUGUGUCAGCUAAUCUGUUGGACAUGUACAGUAACCCAGGCAUACCACCUCCUGGAAUCUCAAUCAGUAACUGCCCUGCUAACCUGCCCAAUAUUAAAAGGGAAUUCUCUGUAACUCCAUCUCCAGCCAUGAUGCACAUGAUGGACAAGCCCAGCUCCUGUGGCAAGUUUGAAAACUAUCAAAGGCCUGAAGGGUUUCCUGUGGAGGCAGAGGUGCGAGCUUUCGCAAAGGAAAGGCAAAAAAAGGACAACCACAACUUAAUCGAGAGGAGGCGAAGAUUCAACAUCAACGAUCGAAUCAAAGAACUGGGGACUCUGAUUCCAAAAUCAAAUGACCCGGACAUGCGCUGGAACAAGGGCACUAUUCUGAAGGCCUCUGUGGACUACAUCAGGAAACUUCAGAGAGAGCAACAACGUGCCAAAGAGCUGGAGAACCGACAGAAGAAGCUGGAACAUGCCAACCGCCACCUGAUGCUCAGGAUACAGGAGCUGGAAAUGCAGGCUCGUGUACAUGGACUGGCCAUCACCUCCUCUACACUCUGCCCAUCAGAGCUGGCAGCCCGGGCCAUAAAACAGGAACCAGUCCCGGGGAACUGCACCCAGGAUAUGUACCCCCAUGCGCACCCCUCCUGCCAGGACAUGGGCCGCUCUAGCACCCUCGACCUUAACAAUGGCACAAUCACCUUUAAUGACGCUCACGGCCCGGGCUCUACCACUUCUGCUGAUGCAGGGGCCUACAGUUUGGUCCCAAAGGCACAUGGCACCAAACUUGAUGACAUCCUAAUGGACGACACAUUGUCCCCUGUAGCAACAAACGACCCACUGCUCUCCUCUGUUUCGCCUGGAGCCUCGAACGAAAGUAGCCGUAAGAACAGCAUGAGCAUGGAAGAAAACGAGUAUGUUUGUUAGCCCUCGUU